AUGAGAAGCGAACGAGAAAUGGUCCCAUCUGUGAGCGAUGCCUCGGGAUGCGCACUGAAUAUGAAGUGGUUUGAAGGCACUGUUGCGGAAGCAAUCUCGGAGAGUCGCCUCAAGAAGACACCGUUCAUCGUAUGCAUACAGAGCCCACCAGAAAAUGCAGAUGAGAAAAGCAUAAAAAUGGAGCGAUUGGUGGGCUCAGUUGAUAACAGCAUGUACACACCGGCACUGGUCGGAAUACGCAUUUUCGAUCGAAGCGAAUCCGCGAAACAGUUCGCCCAAAUUUACCCAGUGCCGAUCGUUCCAGCAAUGUAUAUUAUCGAUUUAAAAGGAAAACCUCUGGAUGUAAUUACAGUUACCGAGGAGCUCGAUGAGGACGUUUUUCGCCACAGGCUAAAGAUAGCUGUUGAAAUGGCGCAUGCUCCCGAUCAACCCUCAUCGUCAGCAUCAGCUGUACAAAGUAAACCCAACGUAGAAGCGAACGACAACCACCAUGUGAAGAGUUCGUCCGUGGAAGGGGAAGCAAAAAGUGCAAAAGAAAAACUUGAAAGGAAACAUGUGGGAAACGAGUUAACAGGGGAAAGUGAAGAAAUGCGCAAAGAACUGGAGAGAAGAAAUUUGGGCAAACAAAUGGCCGAGGCACAAGCGAGCCGCGAGGAACGCGAAAGACGCGAAAUUGCGGAGCAGAGAAGACGCGAGAAGCGUGAACAGGAAGCGUAUCUGAGAAGGCUUCGAGAACAAAUCAAAGCCGACAGUUUAAUGUACACUCUACUGUUUUUCUGGAAUAUUGCUGAUUCAUAG